GUUUCGUUUUUGAAAGAAUAUGGCCGUGUUAGGGCCAAAUGUGAAUGUAAAUAUGAACGGACAUAAUAAUAUUCAUAGUCAGUUAACAAAAUCACUAGAAAGAAUUCUGGAGGAUGCUUAUUUGAGUGGUGAACUAAAAUUGAGCGGGCGUAAGUUGCGGGAGUUCCCGAAACCAGUGAAAUAUGAUUUGAGUGAUACAGUUGUGGCUGAUUUAUCAAAGAACCGCUUCAGUGAAGUGCCUGAUGAAGUGACUACGUACAUUUAUUUAGAAAAAUUGUUAUUGUCACAAAAUAUUAUAAGGAGCGUACCAGACGGCGUUGGUGGACUACAGUCACUAACAUACUUAGAUCUUAGUUCAAACCAGCUCACGGAGCUUCCUCGAGAGGUAUGCCUCAUGCCACUACAAGUUCUCCUAGUGCCAGAUAACGUACUCACAAGUCUACCAAAGGAAAUAGGCAAGAUGACCACAUUAGCAGAACUAGAUGCAUCAAACAAUAGGCUUACACAAGUCCCUAUGACGCUUGGGGACUGUACUGGGCUGAGGUGUUUGGACCUUAGUAAUAAUCAAUUAGGACUAUUGCCAUUGCAGAUCACAUACCUUCGACUGGAACACCUGGACGUGAGCUGUAACUGCAUAUCCUCUCUCCCCCUCGAGCUUCGCAACAUGAGCACUAUCAUUACAUUAAACCUGGAUAACAAUCCACUCGUCUCCCCACCUACUACAAUAUGCAUGCGCGGGCGCGUGCACAUAUUCAAGUACCUGGAAAAUAUGGCCAACAAGGACUCUCUCCCUGCGCACAGACGAGUCGACGAAACCAGGCGGUCCACCAAGCACAGUUCAUACAUCAGCUCACCAAACAGCGCCCACAUCACGUCAGGAAAUGCUACUAUUGACUGCUUGAGGCAUAAGCCCAGACAUGUGGUUGAUAGUGGGUACUGUACAGAUGGAGUUGAUAAGAGGUGGUCAAAUGACGCGGGUGGUGAAGCAGGUGGAGGGUCCGGAAGGUCUACGCCAAGUACACCGUCGACCCUGUCUCCUGGCGCCGCUCUCUCGCGCACACAAUCCCUCUCCAGUGAAACCCCUUUAGCACCCCUCACGCCUAUACUCACUGGCCUCCGUAUAUCACCCGAAGGGACCAUUUCGAAUGGCGACGAUAAGAGUAAAUUAGCUCAUCAACAAACCUACAGACAAUACAAAGAAGCCUUAAGACAACAGCGUCAACAGGAUGUCUACAGACCCCGGACGGACCAACCUUCUCCAGAGCUGGAUUCCUCACCACACUCCCAAAGCCCGGUCCACUUCAAGUCCCCACAUUCACCAAUCAACGGCUACAGUAACGUAUCACCUUACAACCGUUCCUUAUCCAACCCAGUCUCAUCCAACACUAAUUCCCCGAACAUACCAAGUUCACCCAUCCUCCAUUCCACCCCAAGAAGAUUUCAAUCCCAAAAUGGCAACGUAGAAAAACCAGAGGAAACAAAACGGCCCGUCCAAAAAGUCGUGCCAUCGAGAAACGUCAACAAAAUGCAUUCAUCAGUCAACGGAAACGUAGACUAUACUAGAGUAAACGGUUCAGAUACGUACAUGAAACCCACAUCACCGACAAAAUCACCGACAAACACUCUCGGAUACAGUAGUCUAAAGUCAAGUAUACCUAGAACAGUGAACGACGCUAAGUUGUUAACUACAACGGUUUCGUACUUAAAAGGUACUGGUGCUACUAAGCCUACGGGGAAGCUCGCGUGGAAUAAGGACGGCACGGUGGACAAACUCAGCUUUACUAUGAAGAGGGAGUUUGAUAAGCAAAAGGAGGAGACGGAAUUGUUGCAGCAAUUGAGAUCGAUAAUAGAGUCUCGGCUAAAGAUGUCGUUACCAGAGCAGCUGUCGCCAGUGUUAGCGGACGGAGUAGUGUUGUGCCAUCUCGCCAACCACGUUCGGCCGCGCUCGGUUGCCUCCGUUCACGUACCGUCGCCUGCGCAGCCCAAAUUAACAAUGGCGAGGUGCAGGCGGAAUGUGGACAACUUCUUAGAGGCGUGUCGUAAAAUUGGCGUUGAAGAGAAGCUGAUGUGCUGUGCAGCGGACGUUCUAGAAGGGAAAGGCACAGUUCAAGUCGCAAUCACAGUAACGGAGCUUCUGCGAAGACACACAGCCCUACGGGAUUCCCCGGCGUUGUCUCCCACGCCCGUACCUGUCCAAACCGCCGCUCAAGCCACCUAGCGUCCAAAGCUAGCUUUGGCGCCUCAGUCUACACUAUCUCUUUAGAAGGAACCAAAGGAAAGAAGGUGAACAAAGACUUUGUAUUCGAGGAUUUGACUAUAAUGUGUCUGGUUAAAGGAAAAAGAAACGAAGUUUUUAGAAUAAGCGUAAAGUCCACACUAUUUCGCGGGCGCGAUUGAGGGUGUCGUGAAUUAUUAUCAGUAAGGAGUAUGCGAGUUUUACGUACAAAUUGCGUACGCUUGUAUACAAAAAUUUGUCCGCGCGUCCGCUAUUCUACGUGAACAAUUGCCUAAGCGAGACGGUUCGUUAAAGUAUUUCUUAUGCAUUAUACUUAAGAGUAAUUUGAAAGUACCAAUACAGAUUUGUCAAACUUGGAUCAAGCGUACCGUAAGAUCUUAAGAAGGCCAGAUGAUUUAGUAAGUAGGUAUCUACUAAGUAUGUAUCGAAAACCAAGGAUUUAUCUGAUAAUUGGUCAUACAUAUUAUUAUGUCGGUCAGUAAACCUUUUGUAAGAGUGUUUUGAAGGUACCAACUGUUUAAAAGACUAUGAAGUCUAGAAGAACAGGUUACUUAUUAAAGUACCACAAUUUUUUCUAUAUACGUACGAGUUUCUCUUAUAUAUGGUAUCUUGAUAACCUCAAAAUGAAUUCGAUUUUUCUUAAUAGAAACGAUUUAUUGUGUGAUUUUAUAUUUCACAACAAGGUUUCAGAAAUAAAACUUUUAGAUGUUAAAGUUUAAAAAGUUUUUGUAUAAAAAAUCUGUCAAAACGUCAAAAGUCCUGAAGGUUUUUAUUUCUAAUACAGCGUACGUAGCAUAUUCGUAGCGAACUUGUUUUAUUCAGGAGAACGUAUCAAAGGUAUUAUCCAGUAUGCGUAUAGUGAAAAGUCAAUAUAUUGGUACAGUAAUUGCUAGUCAAUAGGAGUACUUUUAAUGUAUUUUGUACUAAGUUGCAUUUAUUGAUCAAAUGUUUACCGUACCCAAUGCCCAUCUUAUUUUUCUUUAAGCCAUUGGGCUUCUAUUGCUUCAAAAUGCUGAUCUUCUUCAAAACCUAUCCAAUGAUUUAGUUUCUUGGCCUAAAAUGAUUAAUUUGUACUGACUUAAAUCAUUUCUGAAAAGUUCUUUCCCAAUAGCCAUUAGGCUAGUAUGGUAUCGAGAGGGUGAUUUUCUUCAAAAUCUAUCCAAUGAUUUAAUUUCGUGAACUAAAAUGAAUGGCUUGCUCUUGAACCAUUUCUUAAAAACUGGUUCUUCGGCAAUAGCCAUUAAUUAGGCUUGUAUGGUAUUGAAACGGUGAUUUUCUUCAAAAUCUAUCCAAUGAUUAAGUUGGACCAUUGGACCAUUUCUGAAAAUUUGUUCUUCCCCAAUAGCCAUUAGGUUUGUACUGUAUUGAGACUGUGAUCUUUUUAAAAACUAAUCCAAUUAUUUAGCUGCAUUAACUAAUAAAAUGAAUGAUUUGCACUUGAACGUUUUCUUAAAAUUUGUUCUUCCGAAUAGCCAUUAGGCUUGUAUGAUAUCGAGAUAUUUCUCACUAAAGAGAUAAAAUAUUUCUCACUCUUGAACUAUGUUCAAGAUCCAAAAAUAUAUUAUAAGAACGUAGUUGUGUUUUUGAAUUUUGAAUCAAUUCAAUCCAAGAGCUUAAACUUUAGAUAUAGGUAACUAGUUCAUAUAGUUCGUUUGUGUCAUCUAGAUUCCAAAUACCCCUAUUUUUCUUAAAAUAAAAGAAUUUGUACCCUACUUGACGUAGGUAUGUUUAUAACCUGAAGCAAUAUUCUGAACUUAAAAGUUUAUUUUAAUGUUUCUUGCGUGUUAAAAAGUACCAGUAAAGUAUGCAAUAAGGCCGCCUUUGCACACAAUUGUUUUUUCUGUUUCUUCCUCUUGGGUUGUGUUCUUUUUCAUGUGUUUGUGUCAAUAAAGAUUUCAUCUAUCUGUUUAUCUAUCUAUCUAUCUACUAUAGUUCUAGCCCACAAUUUAAGCCUUUUUUGCACAUGUCGAUUUUUUUCAAUGACGCAUGUCAAAUGCGCUGCAACUAGAUAGAUUUGUGAACGUCUGAAUAGAAAAAGGUAUGUAAUGCGUCCCAACAAUGGAAAAGAAACACUCGAAAACUACUGAUACUACGGUUUUCGCGGAAAAUAUUUUGCUUGGUUAUUCCUACAAUGAAUACCUGAGUCUCAGACUUCAACAACAUCCAUUGAAAAUAUACUUUAAAAAAAUAUAUGAAUGAAAAUUUAUUUGUAGCUCGUCACAAAAUUAUAUACAAUGCGACUUUUUGCAGCCCGUUUUUGAUGCGUCGCCAAGUGCAAAGGCUCUAAGACUAACGAUCCAUGAGAUAACUGCCAUCAUAAAUAGUUCCUGUUUUAUCUACUUGUUGCUAACUUAUUGCAAUCAGAAUGCUAUUACUAUAAUGUGUGAUUUCUUACUGCUACUGCUCCUAUAUUACAAAACUUAAAGAUGAUAGGUCGAUUACGAUUGUCGCAAUAAUUAUUGCCAUUGUUAUUAAAUCGGUUAUUUUGAUUCUUCUACAAACUCUCUUAAUUAAAUUGACAAAUAUAAAACAAUGUUGCCUGCUGAAAAUGAUAGCACUACUUUUGGACUUUUAUGUACAACUUAGUAGCUACAAUCAAACAGGUUCCCAAUGGAACCUCAAUACAAUACAAUAAUACAAUACAAUAGUCCUGUCAAUACAGGACUUUGAAGAUAGGCAUUAGAUAUACUCGUAAAGUAUGUAGUUCAAAAAAAUAACAGCCAAAAAUGGCAGGAACAUUGUGAAAAAAUAGGAUACUUUUACAUACCUGUCAAUGUAAUUUAUUUUCAAGUUUUUAAGUUUUGUGGGUUGGAAUUUUAAAGAUAGAUCUCUAACAUUCUGACCCACAAAACUUUAUUUAUGGUUAUCAAUAAAAAUAUACUUAUCUGUUGCCUUUUACGGGGUCCAGGCGUCACACAAUGGGAUAAAUUGCGAUCAUCGCAAUCCACUUGCAAUGAAGUUUCGUAAUGGUGACAGUUUUUGUACCUAUUGUUAGCGUAUUUUUGAUCUUUUCGUGUUUUUAGAAAUUUAGAGGGCUUAGAGAAAAUUUUGAUAAAGUUAAAAUAAGUAGAUGUUGUAAAUUAGGUGUGUUUUAAUUAGAUUCUAAUAAUUCUUAAUAUUGGUUCCACGCACGUCCAAAAUUAGCUAAGGUUUUUGUGCCUCGAAUUUUAAUCGCACAAUAAAUUAUUACAUAGCUGUAAUAUUAAAUUUUUCCUGUGUGUCACUUUUAGCGAUGUAAUUAUUAGGAUGAUGAUGUUUUUAUAAAGCAGUCACAGUACCAAAAACUGAGAUAGUUACCACCCUCGAGUAAUACUAGCGAUAAAUUCUCCUUUUCGUAACAAAGCCUUAUAGGAAAAUGAACACAAGCAUACUUAGUCAACUUUAAGGUCCCCUGCACACUAGCGUUUCUCCAGCGUACACUUACGUCGGACCUAUGCGUAGCGCAGACGUCGCGACAACGCGAUGCACGCACUGCCUUAGACUUGCGGGAUGAUUCGCUGACUCAGUAUCAUCACUAAAUGGAAUCCAUCAAACUUAUUUGACAUUGCGCUCCACUGAUUGAUAUAAAAGUAAUAUUUCGUAGCAGACCUUCAAUGGAUUAAAAAUAAAUGUCAAAAUAAGCUUGAUGGUAAUUCACUGAAACGCAGAUCACCAGUUGAACGCUGCGUUCUCGAAUCGCAAACGUAAGAAUUACCUUCGUAAUAGUUUUCUUUUUAACAGCAAAACCAACGAUAGAGUUUUGUUGGAAUCCACCAAUAAAAUCUAAUCACUCGUCAUCUGUGCGACACUAACUCACAAAUCAGUGGUUUACGCAGCGUCGCGUAGUCGCCGCGUCAUACGUUCGACGGCCGCCUACCCUGGAGAAACGCUAGUGUGAAGGAGAUCUUAGGGAUAACUAAAGUAAUCCAAGUCACCAUCAAGUGCUUUACACUAAUCACGAAUUUACUAUUAGUGAAUUUUCGGUACAUUUACACACGUUAAUAUAAUUAGGCACGUAGUUUAAACCUUCUCUAAAAACUCUUAAGGCGCUAAUAAACGGGCAAUUUCCAUAGUUGCAGCAAUAUUUACGGCAAUUAUUAUGUAGCCCGUUUAUGGACCACAUCACGUUGCCUUCUAUUCAUAUGAAACUCGAUCAAUUAGAUGUAUGGAUCGUGGACCACGUUUUGUGCUAUGAAUUAAGGAACAAAACUUGAUGUACUUCGCACAAAAUUGUUAUAAAGACAAUUAUUGUUAACUGACUUCCCUUAAAAAGAGAUUCUCAAUUCGACGCAUAUUUAUGGAAAGGACCGCAACUUCAUCUCUAUGGAUUUAGGCAAAUAAAAAUUCCUUGGGAACUCUUUGAUUUUAUCAUCUAUAAUAUUUUGUAGUGAUUUACUUAUGAGAAUCAUUUAUGUGCACGUGCGUAAUACCGAAUGAGUAUGCAUCGGUGAUGCUUUUAAUACAAUUCGUAUUAAACUAGGUAUUUGAUAUUUUCAAAUUCACACGUAUGGAGAAAUAAAAUGUGGGUAGUAUCUCGAAAGAAUAAUAUGCAAAAUGCAUUCAAGUGAAUAGAAUGAGACUAUCUCUGAAGGAUUAUGUGAUGACUAUGACGAUAAUCUUGAUUAUAGAUCGUUUCAACGAAUAGUUCCUAUGGCGUUAUGUUGGCUCCCCUGUCUGUCUAAGUCAUUGGCAAGAGCCAACAUAGCGCCAUAGGAACUAUUCGUUGGAACGAUCUAUAUCUCUGAAGGAUAAUGCGAUACUAUGAAGAUAAUCUUGAAUUCUGAAUAAUAGAUAUAUAUGCUACAGAUAAUAAUAGAACACAUGUGCCAUAGUUGUCCUUUUUGACAGGCAAAGAUCAUAGACCAUACCGUCUAUUGGACGCGUACAGUUUGCCUCAGAUAUACAUAUUUACCAGUACCAGUCUUACUAGUGUGAAAAUGUAAUUCUGCAUUAUUAGGUCAUUUAUGUGAUGCCAACUGUACGCUUCCGUCUUACUUUGUCGUUAGGCUGCGUUUCCACUAAAAUGGAAAGGAGUGGAGGCCAAUCAGAUGAUUGUUAAAUGUCGUGUUCCAAUAGAAUUGGUCGAUGCGCACAAGCACAAGUCUGCUUUGCACUGCUCGUCUCAGUUUCAGUCGAAACACACCCUUAUUAUACUUACGUAGGCUCUGUAACUGUUGAAAGGAAAAGAGACCAAAAGUUAAUUAUAAUGUACUUGGAUAGGUAGAGCGUACUGAGCUCUAAACAUUGACCUAGAGACUGACUUACAUAUUGGGCUCUCAAAAUUUUAAAUAAUUUCUCAUAUUUAAAAGUUUCUAAGGGGUGGAUUUAUGUUAAACCCUGCAAAGGUCGUGCCUGUCUGGGUACAAAAAAAUGUUGUUUUUUAUUUAUUUGCUACCAAUUGUAAAAAAAAAACCAAGUGGACACGGAAACACUUAGGUACUUACGAGUACCUCUGAGAUUUCUGCUAACAAUUCUUGACAGCGGGAAAAGUUGUAAAGGUAGAAAAACAGAUGCAAAAAGGAUAAAAAAUGUAAAUUUAUAUGUUGACAAUUGAUUAUAUUUGAUAUAUAUUCAUAUGUUGCAGUUAGAGCGAUUACACACUCAUCCCAAUCGAGUCCAUGACAAUAAUAUUAUCUUUCCGUCAUUCAGUAACAAUAUCUCGGAUGUGCAUCGGAUUAAAAACGGACGUAUGAUGAUAUGCAAAUAUAUCCACUGAAUAGCUUAGAUUUGGAUCAGAGAUCGGAUUAAUGCGUAAGCAAUAUCUGAUGUUCAGCCCGAGUUUUAAUAUACGUAUCAUCACGGAAUCGGAUCGGAUGAGUGCGUAAUCGCUCGUACCCAGUUGUGGCACGACCCGUCCACGGUGUAGCAUGAAUCUUCCUUAAAUUAUGUAGUCAUUGAUUUAAUGUAAUAUUUGAAGGCUGUGCUUGACCUAUAGGUUUUUGUUUUUGAAGAUAACUUCAUUUACCGACUGUACUUACCUAUUUUAACUUUGUUAUUAUAACAAAGUUAAAAUCCCGAUAUCUAGAUCACUAUCGAUAGAUAUUUUGCAAUCGAUGUUUACAUAAUGGAAUUUGUUAAACAAUCGAUAGUAAAAUUAAGCUUCAAGAUACUUAUCAACUUUUUUCGUACUUAAUUGAAUGAGUGAUCAAAUUGAUUUGUAAUUACCUAUAUUUAAUUAAUUAUUAAAGUAUGUAUUUUAUAAACUAUAAUGUUUUGUAUUUCUUAACAAUUUAUAGUUUUCUUCUGUCUUUAGUUGUAUGAUGUAUCACAUAUAUUUUUUUAUAAUAAAUUGUAAUGUCCUUAUUAUUUACCACCGAAUACGGAAGAUAUGUAAUAAUUAAAAUACUCGUAAUUUCUAUUUGAUAUUUAAAUUAAUUAGGAUAAAUAUUCUCGUCAUAUAAUUAUAGUCAAUUCGUCUAAAAUGAAUAAUUAUUAUCGUAUGUAAAAUAUUUGAAUUGAUUUUUUUUUUGUUUUAUGAUAAAGAGUGCUUUUAGAUUUUUUUUAAUAUUUAAUUCAAUGAUUUAUCAUCACAAGGAUUUUAUUUUAUAUCACAAAAACCAUAAUGAUUUAUGAAUGUAUUAGUGUUACCAUAGUAGUCAAGGAAUAUUUGUAAAGUGUUAUUGCACUACACUUUCCAAUGUUAUAAAUAUUAUAAUUUUUCACGCAAGGUAAUUAUGGUAAGGGAAAUUCAAAAAAUAGAAGAAAAACAAUUACUUUGUACGUAAUGUACAUUAUCGCUGUAUUCUCAUGUGCUUAUUUGUUUGUAUACAUCUAAAUUCGAAUGACAGUCUACUAAAAUAUGUAUCGUUCGCGAUAAGUCGACAUGGCAAUCGGGAUGGGGACGCAUCCGCACAGCUCCGCACUAUCCCAGUGCGGGAUAGCGCGGGUGUGCGGGGCGUCUCCACGACUCACCUCAUACCCCGAUUGCCAUGUCGCCCUGUCGCGAGCUAUAGCUACUGUUAUCCCUUUAUUCCCUGCAGAUAAUGAAGUUGGUAUUCACCUGUCAGAUUUAGAUUUUGCACCGAAUUGGCACUAUUAUAUUAUUGAUAUCAUUGGUGUGUAUAAAUUAGUUAGGGAAAAACGAACUGAAAGUAGAAACGAGUCUUUGUCCUGUUCAAAGAUAAUGUGCCAAAGACUAUGGUGGAAGGUUUUGUGUUUUUUUUUUGUGUAAAAUAGCAAAUUCUGUGUACUGCACUGGUCUCCUAGUUGGUAAGAAUGAUGUAGCAAUAUCUUAUCAUACCCACGUGUUUAUAUGUAGAUACAAAUAAAAGUAUACUUAUACAUUUUCGAAA